AUGAACUAUGGAGCUGGACCAUCACACCUACCAUCUUCUUCUUCUUCUUCUUCUGAUGACGAAACAUUUUCUCAUUACGUUGAACAAUGGGAGGAGGAUAUGAAACAAUGGGAGGAGGAGGAUGAAAUCUUAGCUCGUCUAUAUGUCGCUAACAAUAAAAUAAUGGCUUAUUUCUCUAAAGAGGAAGAGAGGCCAAAGCGUAUCAGCUCAGUUCCUGGUCAUUUGGUAAUCAACCGUGGGAGGGAAGAAGAUAGUACUGACGAAUAUAUAAGGAUUGGUGAGUCAACUGUACUUGAAUGUUUGAAGAGAUUUUCUAGAGCAGUUGUAGAAGUGUAUGGAGAUGAAUAUCUUAGAUCCCCCAAUACCGACGAUGUUGCAAGACUGUUACAAAAAGGCGAAGAGCGAGGUUUCCCAGGAAUGUUGGGAAGUCUUGACUGUAUGCAUUGGGAAUGGAAAAACUGUCCAACAGCAUGGGCGGGACAAUACUCAGGACGUCACGGAGGCCCAACCAUUAUUCUUGAGGCAGUAGCAUCGUAUGACCUAUGGAUAUGGCAUGCAUUCUUUGGCUUGCCAGGUUCUAAUAACGAUAUUAAUGUAUUACAAGCAUCUAAUUUGUUUGACAACCUAACGCAAGGUAUUACUCCUCCUGCUCAUUAUACAAUUCAAGGAAAGAAUUAUGAUGUCGGUUAUUAUUUAGCCGAUGGCAUAUACCCGAAAUGGCCAACCCUUGUUCAAACCAUUUCCAAAUCCGAAGAUAAAAAGAAACAAUAUUUUGCAAUGAUGCAAGAAGCUUGUCGAAAAGAUGUGGAGCGAGCGUUUGAUGUUCUCCAAUCAAGAUUUGCUAUAAUCAAGGGCCCUGCACGGUUUUGGGAUAAACGAACUUUGCAUGAUAUCAUGACCACUUGCAUAAUAAUGCACAACAUGAUUAUUGAGGAUGAACGUGAUGAGCAAGAAGAUAUUAUCGUUUCUACUCCACCAUCAAUUUCAAAUGUUGAAGACAUAGGGACGAACGAUGCUGAACGGUUUCGACAAUUCCUGACCCGACAUAAGAAAUUCAAAGACAAAGAAGCACACUUCACACUUCGAAAUGUAUUAAUUGAACAUUUGUGGGAGAGACACGGCAAUGAAGUGAUGUAA